UCCAUUACAGCCUUGAUCUGGCAGCAGCCACACUAUCCCAUGGCUUUCCCGGAGGAUGGGAACCACACUGCAGUGACAGAAUUCAUUUUAUUGGGAUUAACAGACGACCCAGUUCUUAGAGUCAUCCUCUUCACCAUCAUCCUGUGCAUCUACCUGGUGACUGUGUCUGGGAACCUCAGCACCAUCCUUCUCAUCAGAGUCUCUUCCCAGCUCCAUCACCCAAUGUACUUUUUUCUCAGCCACUUGGCUUCUGUUGACAUAGCCAUCUCUUCUUCUGUCACACCCAAUAUGCUUGUCAACUUGCUGGUGGGGAGGAGUAGUAUCUCCUACACUGGCUGUGGCAUCCAGCUUGGCUCAGCUGUUUUCUUUGGGGCGAUUGAAUGCUUCCUUCUGGCUGCCAUGGCUUAUGAUCGUUUUGUGGCAAUCUGCAACCCACUGCUUUAUUCAACCAAAAUGUCCACACAAGUCUGUAUCCAGUUGCUUGUAGGUUCUUAUAUUGGUGGGUUUAUUCAUGCUUCUUCCUUUACACUUCCCUUUGUUUCUUUCCUCUUCUGUGGACCAAAUACUGUCAAUCACUUUUUCUGUGAUUUUACUCCUUUAGUUGAACUCUCCUGUUCUGAUAAUGGUGUCCUCAUAAUUCUUGAUUCAUUUUCUACUGGCUCUAUCAUUGUGAUCACAGUGUUUGUCAUAGCCAUUUCCUAUUCCUACAUCCUCAUCACCAUCCUGAAGAUGUGCUCUACUGAGAGUCGACACAAGGCUUUCUCUACCUGCACCUCCCACCUCACUGUAGUCACUCUAUUAUAUGGGACAGUCACAUUUAUUUAUGUGAUGCCUAAGUCCAGCUACUCCACAGACCAGAACAAGGUGGUGUCUGUGUUCUACAUGGUGAUAAUCCCCAUGUUGAACCCCGUCAUCUACAGCCUCAGGAAUAAUGAGAUUAAGGGUGCUCUGAAGAGACAGCUUGGUGGAAAAAAUGUUUUCUAA